GGGGGCGGGGCGCGGGGCUGGCGAGCCCUGUAGUGGUGAGGUCUGAAGGCGGAAGCCGGCUGUCCGCUUCCAGCGCAACUGGGCUUUUGACUGGUUUCAUCCUGAUGCCCCGCGACUUACCAGCUGAGAAGUCAAGCGAGGUCAUUCCCAAUCUGGAGCUCAACUUUCAGAAGAGAGACGCCCCAGCAAGACUGUUUCGGGGAGUCCUCCAGCUGCUCACCUCCAUGGGCCAGACGGCCCUGGCAGCGGGCAGCAACAGCACCCCCAUCUCGCAGGCUCUGUAUCCUGACCUUUCUUGUCCCGAGGGCUUGGAGGAGCUCCUGUCUGCUUCCCCUCCUGACCUGGGGACCCAACGGCGCCAUGGCUGGAACCCCAAAGACUGCUCAGAGAACAUAGAGGUCAAAGAAGGGGGUUUAUGCUUUGAGCGGCGACCUGUGGCCCAGAGCACUGAUGGGGCCCGGGGCAAGAGGGGCUACUCGAGAGGCCUGCAUGCCUGGGAGAUAAGCUGGCCCCCGGAACAGAGGGGCACACAUGCGGUGGUGGGCGUGGCCACGGCCCUCGCCCCACUGCAGACUGACCACUAUGCGGCGCUGCUGGGCAGCAACAGCGAGUCGUGGGGCUGGGACAUUGGGCGGGGGAAGCUGUACCAUCAGAGUAAGGGGCCUGAGGCUCCCCAGUAUCCAGCUGGAUUUCAGGGUGAGCAGCUGGAAGUGCCAGAGAGGCUGCUGGUGGUUCUGGACAUGGAGGAGGGAACUCUGGGCUACGCUAUUGGGGGCACUUACCUGGGGCCAGCCUUCCGCGGACUGAAGGGCAGGACCCUCUACCCGGCUGUAAGCGCUGUUUGGGGCCAGUGCCAGGUCCGCAUCCGCUACCUGGGCGAAAGGAGAGCGGAGCCACACUCCCUUCUGCACCUGAGUCGCCUGUGUGUGCGCCACACCCUGGGGGAUACCCGGCUGGGCCAGGUAUCUGCUCUGCCCUUGCCCCCAUCCAUGAAGCGCUACCUGCUCUACCAGUGACCCUGGGAUACCACUGACUGUGCUGGAGCCAUUGGGGGCCUAGACCAGCUGUUUAAAGACAGUAAGGUUGGGCCCCUCCCCCAAUUCAAGCUCAGGGGAGCUCCACAGUCCCAGUGCCACCCAGAGCAGUGGGACAGAAUAUUCAAGGCUGGUACAUAAGACAUUUUUUUCAAGUAAAAAAUACUAAGAGAUGUAUUGUU